AGCUAGACAAGUGAAAACCCCAAUCGUUAAUUCCAGAGAAUAUAUGGCGACGACAAGGGAGGCGAAGGAGAAGAACAAAUCGAAAGAGGAGCCAGUGAUCAUACGAUUAAAGCACAAAGAUGAGGAAGGACGAAUGUGCGUGGAGAAAGCGGAGGUGAAGACUCACAAUCCUGAGACGAUCAAAUACAUUGAGAGGAAGCUUUGUGACAAGGGAGUUCAUCGUAUGGAGCGUCACCCUGUUGAUGGACGUCCCUUGGUUUAUGGACCACCCAAGUCAGGUCACGGCGGUAAGUAUACGUGGGAAGGUCCAGGUGACCUUACGGAGAAUGUGUUAGAGGUGGCACCGGCGGCGAUCGACGAGAAAGACCCGAACUUUGUAGACGAAGAGGAAGAAGAGGAAGAAGUGGCAGAGCUGGUGGUGGGAGAGGUAGAGGUGGCUAAGGUUGUAGAGGAUAGGGAGGGUCUCGGUGUUUCCAGAGUUGAGGUUCGUCCUCCUCUGGGGGUCUGAGAACUUUC